CCCAUUGACAUCUGCAUUGACACUUAUUGUAGAAGAACUUUUAUAUUAUAAUUUAGUGACAAUAACAAAUACCGCAAAAACUAUUCCCAAAAGUUUCAUUUUUAGAACAGUCUACUUUAUGUAUAAAAAAAUAAAAAGCAUGCAACUCCAAAUUGCAGUUUAUUAAGAAGUUUAAAUAAAUUUUAAAUAAAACGCAAUUGUUACGAAUUAUAAUAUGGCUAAUGUUGUUAUAAAAAGUGACGAUGUUAUUGAAUGCUUUCUUUAUCCAAAAUUUUGUUUAACAAAAAAUUUCGAACAAAUAACUGAAGAAAAGCUUCUUGAAGAAAUUAAUAAAUAUUAUGAUGCAACGAAACAUAUCACAAAAGACUAUAUAUGGCACAAAGAUUCAUUAACAUUUUUUCCACGAACAAAACGUUCACUUCUACUUGAAACAAUUAUUGAAGGAUCCGGAUAUGAGGAUAAUGAAUUAAUUCCACAUAUUUAUGCAAAAUUGCAUUUUGACGAGGAUGUUGGCGAUGAAUGGUUUACAGUGUAUUUAAUAAAUUAUCUUACAAAAGUUUUUGAGGGAUUAACUGCUAGAGUUACGGAUUCUGAUGGUGAAUUUUUGUUGAUUGAAUCAGCAAAUGCUCUUCCAUCAUGGGCAAAUCCAGAAAUUUGUGAAAAACGCGUAUUUAUUUCAAAUGGCUCAAUUCACGUAAUUCCCGAUAAAGAUAAAUCAUUGUUUGAUAAUUUAAAUAGCAUUUCUAAUAAUCCAAAUUUAUUCAAAUUAUCCGAGGCUGUACAGUCUAUAAUUCAAAAAAGAAUUAACAUUUAUCCUGAAGAGAUUAAAGAGCGUGCACAUAAAGCUAGAGCAUAUUUACCAGAAAAGGCUGCGUUUAUGCUUCAAGAAGAUCCUGGAUUAAUAGCACCAGCAAUUAGAAUGCUUUUUCACUCUGAUCCAUUUGAACGCAAGGUUUGCCGAGGGAUGAAAUUUUUUCCUCCUGAGCAGCGAACAAUGGUCAACGUUAAAAUGACAAAAUGCUUGUACGCUAUGAUAAUGCACUGUCGAUAUACGGGUGAUCCAAUGACUGGUUGGAAUUUACCACCUGUUAAUAGUGCAAUAUACAAUGCACAUCUUUUAGGAGUGAAAAUAGCAUGCGGUUUAGAAAUGUUAAUAUCAAGUGCAUAUGAAGAACAGAGAAAAAAAGCGAAUGACACUUCUACAGUGUCAAAUAAUGAUCUAUUAAAAAUGCGUGAAAGAACAUUAAAUGCCUUUGUCAGUCGUUUAGAGCUUAGUGGUUAUUUUAAGGAUCUUUUGGAAGGUAGUCGUGAAAGAGAAAAACUUUUACAAGUGGCAAAAGAUUAUUUUUCCAAUAAUUCCACUUCAAAUAAAUUAUUAAAUUUGGAGCCUGAACAUGAUAAGGAAAAAGUCCUAAAAGUAUGGGCAAACAUACAGACAAAUGACGUGGAUUUCACAGGUCAUGAUGAAUCUAAUUUAAGCCCUUCAGAUAGUGACGACUGGCUUAGUGUAAAUCCAGUUGAACUUGAAAAUCUUUUAGGUGAACGUUGGGGAGAUGGAAAAACUAAAGCAGAAAAACCAACGUCUCAAAAUCUUAGACGAAAAAUACAAAAUUUUUUGAAAGAAUCAAGUGGCGUUGAGGGGGUUCAAUUGUUUCAAGAUACUGAUAUGAAGUUAGACGUGGAGGAUUCCGGUAGAAUAGAAUUUGAUACUGAUGCAUUUGAUAUUGCUUUACGCGAUAUAUUGGAUUUGGCAGUGCCUGGUGGUGAUAGUGAAUUUGAUGAUAGUUCUGAAGAAUCUUUAGGAGGCGAUGACGAAGAUAAAUGUGGUGAAAUGGAUGAUUAUAUGCGUCAAUUAGACAAUGAACUUCGAAUGGAAAAAACAUUGGGACAUGAAAAAUUAUGUGAAACACCAAAAAGUCAAGAUAAAAUUGAAUCAAAUUUAAUGGAAAGUUUAUCAAGAGAAGCAGGCGGUUCAGGACCAGCGGGAAAUAUUAUUGGUGGUCCAAUUCGAAAAUUUAUGCAUUUACAAUUACAAUCACCUUCAACAGUUCCUCCCGAUUUACAAAGUUAAUACGUCAAUUAUCUAUAUAUAUAUAUAUUAUAUCUAACUUUACGAAAAUUUAGAAUAAUUAAUUUUAUCAAAUUUGGACUCUAACUAUAUAUGUAUAAUUUAUAUCUUAUUAAUUUCAAUAAAACAUCUGCUUAUUUUUUUUAUCUA